CCUGUUUUCCCUUCCAGACAUACAGUGAGGAACCAACCGCUGUAGUGGAAUGAGCUCGGGUUAUUGAGGUUCCACUACGAUCGAGUCUAGUGAUACAGGAUGAGAACGUGGUGCACAUCAGUGGCGCUUUGGGCCACCCUAUUGGCGGUCAUCGCCACAGCCCAAGAAACCGUUCUUCCUAAAGGUGAAGGAGAGGGCAAUGAGGAUUUCGUGUUGGUGACGGUGGCGACAGAGAGGACACCGGGAUUCCUUCGAUUCAUUCGUUCUGCCGACGUGUACGGCCACUCGAACGUCCAGGAGUGCCGAGUACUGCUGUGUUUAGCUGAUGACGUCAUCAACUACGAUGGAUCAGUGGUGGUGGCG